AUGCCCAUAGACCGCACAAACAACAACACCUCGCGGCCGCCGCUGAAGCCCACUCUCGCUACCACCCGCACGUCGAAGACGCCCGUUGCCCCUCGACUUGCACCCUCGGUCACCAGCACACCGGCCAGCCGCACUACUCGCAGCGCCGUUGGAAGUACUCCCCGGGUGAACACGGCGGUGUACGAAGAUGUCACGCCGGUAAAGGCCUUCAUUAGCAGCAAUGUCACGCCACGCUCGUCUUCGAGAAAAUCGCGCGUCGGCACAGGUAGCGCGAACUCGACCCCAAGCGGCACGCCCGCCACCACUCCUGUCGUUUCCCGGCCAGCAUCUACCGUCGAUUUUCCGCAGAAAGACUACGGCCAUGUUGGAAACGCACCCAAUGCGCUUGGAGGCGUCCAGAGGCGGCCGAAAAGCACGGUAGGAGCGAACGGCCACAACGUCACCUCUAUGCCAAGACUGCCUCUAUCCAACAUAUACAGCAAUGCUCCAGAGGCGCCAGGCGCGCGGGGAGCGUCUGCCUCGCCCAUGUUCUUCCAUGCCAACGAAGCUCGUACAACGCCAGAGCCGCAACAGCCGCCGCAGAAGAAGGCGCCUGUCUUCUUCUACGCCAAUGGUAAGCAGGAUGCGAGUGCGCCCUCGCCCACUGUACCUUCUCCGCCAUUGUCUGCUGUAGGGAGAAUGCAGACCGAGAGCAAGUUUUUCCAUGCAGAUUCGCUGUCGGACACCAGGGAUAGCCCGCCAGUGCUGACACCUCCACCAAUGUCCGCAUCCCCCGAACCUUGGUCCAGUCUCCAUCCUGCCGAUAGUCAGCACUCUUUACGCCCACCAUCUCCUUCGAAGGAAAACAUACACCUUUCAUAUAGAAGAGGUGCGUCUCAGGUCAUCAGACCCAACCUCCAUACUAGGAAUUCGGCUCUUUCUAUCAUCUCCGGAUCUCACGGCCCCGAAGUCGGAGCUGAUACUUCGACGAGACGAUCGAGUGUCACUUCGGCUGUUCGCUUCAGUCAUGCCAAAAGCGCAAGCCUCAGCUCCAUCGACUCCGUUCAGUCACUGAAGAAGGUACCGUCUCUUGACCAACCUCAUAUUACGCCUAGUCCGCUUCAUAAUGAGAAACGAGUCGUGAGCACUGGUUCGCUUCCGGAAAGCGUAGCAUCUGUCCCGGCAGAAGCCUUGUCAAGCCUACCUUCUUCCAAUGCUGUCAGCCCCACCAAACUUGGACCAGCAGGAAAGAGCAUGUUGGAACACAUGAAUGAGUUAGCCGCAAACGCACGACGCGAGCGGAAAGUGCUUGACCUGGAGAUUAGCAACAACUCUCUAAUGGCCAUCAAUCGAUCACUUGAAAGGGAGAUGCGGAAGCAGAAAGCUGAGCUACGACGAUUUCGACGCAUGAGUCGAGCUGGUCGAUUCUCUGCAGAUACCGUUUCCAAUCUAGAAGAAUUCUCUGCCGUCGGCGUUGCUGAAUUGGGGGAUCUAUCAGACAUGUCAGAGGAAGAAGAGCCGGAAGAAGCUGAGUCUGAGGAACAUAGCGACUCCUCCUUCGACGAAAGCAUCAUGAGCGAAGGCGCACUAGCAGAACGCGAUGAAGCCCACCGAAUACGCGACGAGAGGCGACUACGAUUAGAUCUUUCGAAACACCGCGAGCUGCUCGCUGACAGCGCGAAGAUGAACCAGAGCUUGAAGCGUUGUUUGAAUUGGACAGAAGAGCUCAUCAAGGACGGACAAAAAGCACUUGCAUACCAAGUCCGUGUCAGCGAUGUGCAGCUUGGAGGACGCGUUUUGAGCUCGGAAGAGCAGCCUGAAGCAGACCAAGUCGAGGAGUCUCAUGGACUGUUGAGCCCAUGGAGUCCUCCCCAUCGAGAGACAAAUCCAAUGGACGGCUCACCGCCUCUCCACCCGGAUCGAGACAGUGGGAUCGAUCUCGAUGGAAUAAAAUCUGCCAUAUCCGGCUUGGAGAGCUUCAUAUCGCCUCUAGCAUCACCCUUAUAA